GCGGUGUUCGACGAUAGUUCCAAAGCUCGCCAUCGAUGCUCUGUGGUGGCGCUGAUUCGGCGUCUUGUCACUUUUGUUUUGGUUGCGUGUGGUAGGUGAGGGAGCUCAGAGAAAAUCGCCUUUCCUUGUGAUUCUGCGGAAGUGGUCACUAUUUGGAGAUAACCAGGAGUUGUGUGAAGUGUCAGUGGUGCAAAUGGUGAAGAUGCCUUCGAUAAAGAAUGACGGGGAAAGCGACGGCGAUGGAGAUAUGUCUGGAGCGGAGUCUGAGCAUUCUGGCUCGAGCCGCAUCCCGGACAGGGACUCCAGUGCUGAGGAGGCUGAUGAACCGGACUCUGAUGACUCCUCGGAGAUGGAUGAGAGCGAGUGCGAGCGUCGGCGAGCAGAUUGCAUGGACAAUCUGACCAAUCUCGAGCGCCAGUUCAGUAUCUUGCGUGAUCAGCUUUAUCGUGAGAAGAUCCAACAGGUGGACAUGCAGCUGUCUGAGUUGCGAGGUGGUCGUUCUCAGGAGUACUUGUUGCCGUUGCAGAGACUGAACGAGAACAUGAGGAUCCGAACAGAAGUGGCAGGAAUUCUGAAGCAGUACCGCCUUGAGAACAUCAAAAAUAAGUUUUCGUCCGAGGAACAGGCUGCGAGGCAACAUUAUGAAAGCGAGAAACACUUGGCUAUGGACGCAAUCUAUGAAGAGCUGAUGGAGAAGAUCCGGAGACUUGAGGAAGAUAGGCAUAAUGUUGAUAUAUCCUGGGGGGACUGGGGCACGAGUCAGAGGACAAGCAAGGUGCGAGGUCCUGGGCGGAAGAAAGCUAUUACUGUGUCUGGACCUUACAUUGUGUAUAUGCUAACGGACGAAGACAUAAUGGAGGACUGGACUGCCAUCCGGAAAGCACUUAAGAGGUCCUCCGCGGCUGCCACUUGAUACUUCUCUCGGAAAACCUUGAUAUAUUCGAGCAUUACUGCAAAUCACUGUAAAAAGAAAUCUACUUUUCUAGUGUAAAAAUGAAAUACACAAAUUGAUGAAUAAAAAAGAA